AUGCUGUGUGCGGCCUUGUUCCUCCUGUCCACAGCGACAGCCAGUUGGGUCCACGCCAACUCUUCUCUCGUCCGCAUUCCACGCGAAUGGACCUACGUCCUUCCCCAUCCGUUCGACAGCAAGUUGCAGUACAGCUGGUUAAACAGCACGACCACGGGAAACUCGACCAUCAACGAGCUCCUGGCACGCGCCAACGAGGCACGUUUCGUCUCGUACUCUGAUGAAUUCGAUGCCCUAGUCGGUCCAGACCCCAGCUGGUACACCGUGGAGUCUCCUGCUGGGUCCCCUUAUGCUGCUUAUGAGGGAGGCACUUGGAUUCCCGAAACGGAUGAGGUCUGGUUCUCGUACUCUGGCUUCUAUUAUCCUUACGAGCAAUCAAUCACCUCGUACAGCCUGCGGAACCGAACCUCCAGGCCAGUCGUGACUACCCCGCCGGUGCGAUAUACCUAUGGUCUGUACUAUUGGCCUGACGACGGCAAGGUCUACGCCACUGAAUUCGACACCCCAACACAGCCAGGCACAAUCACCGCCAUCGACUUAAAGACUCUCGAAGCCAAAGCCGUCUUUAAUUCGUAUGAAGGAAUUCCUCUAGCUCCAUGCGAUGAUGUAGUGGUAGCCCGCGUGCACGGCAAGACUUACAUAUACGCCACGACCUUGGCAGGCAAGGAAAUCAUUCCUGCGAUUCCGAAAGAGCGCUUUGACACGGCCGUGUGGAGGUUCAGCCUGGACGAUAACAUCCUCUUGCCGGUGAUUGAUUCGAAUGAACUGUUCACUCCUAAUGGCAUUCGUGUUUCUCCUGAUGGGAAGAAGUUGUACGUUACCAAUACGCCGUACAUUCACGAUCCGUUGGAGCAGGCGAGCAACACUAGUCUGUCCAACUCCAUCCAUGUGUAUGAUCUGGACGAUGAAGGUUUCCCUGUUAAUGGUCGUCUCUUUGGUCUCGUUCGUACGGGCUUUGCGAAUGGCCUGCACAUCGACAACGCAGGCAGAAUCUGGACGGCCGAAAACGACGGAGUGCGAGUCCGCUCUCCCAAUGGACUGACGCUCGGGGUUUUCAACUACCACCCAUUCAACCCUACCGACAGCCCGCUCAUUUCGAACUUUGCCCUCGCUGGGAACAGAUUGGUCAUUGGCAAUCUCGCCUACGUCCUCGUAUAUAACCUCGCAGAGAUGUUGGUAACGCUCAACAACUCACUUACGAAUUGA